AUGCCUGGGGUAGUCAUUGCUGAGUCCGGCGGCGGCGGCGGCGGCGGCGAGGACUUUCCUGCCAAACUCACCAAGCAAGUUAUUGUGUGCAGCAUAAUCGCGGCAUGUGGUGGUCUCAUGUUUGGAUAUGAUAUUGGCAUAUCUGGUGGAGUUACAUCUAUGGAUGAUUUUCUGAUCAAGUUUUUUCCAUUGGUGUACGCGAAAAAGCACCACGUGAAGGAGAACAAUUAUUGUAAAUACGAUAAUCAGUAUCUUCAGCUGUUCACGUCGUCACUUUACUUGGCAGCCAUUGUUGCUUCUUUUAUAGCUUCGAUGACUUGUAAGAAGUUUGGGCGAAAGGUGACGAUUCAAGCAGCGUCUGUUUUCUUCGUGAUGGGUUCAGUUUUGAACGCCGCUGCCAAAGAUCUCGGCAUGUUGAUUGCCGGAAGGAUUUGUCUCGGGGUCGGCGUUGGAUUCGGCAAUCAGGCAGUUCCAUUGUUUAUAUCCGAGAUUGCACCAACAAGAUAUCGAGGAGCUCUCAACAUCUGUUUCCAAUUACUAAUUACCGUGGGAAUACUAUUAGCCAAUUUUGUCAAUUAUGGCACUUCACGUCUUCAUCCAUAUGGAUGGAGAAUCUCCUUAGGAGGGGCUGCCGUUCCUGCCCUAAUAUUACUCGUAGGCUCUCUACUAAUCGUCGAGACUCCAACAAGUCUGAUCGAGCGAGGUAAGAAAGAUGAAGGUUUAAAAAUUUUGAGAAAGAUCCGAGGUGUCGAAGAUGUCGAAAAAGAAUACGAAAUGAUCUUACGUGCCACUGAAUCAGCUGCUAUAGAGAAGCACUCGUAUCGAAAGCUGAUGCAACGUUCCAACAGACCCCAGCUCUUGGUAACUAUUGCUCUGCAAAUUUUUCAACAGUUUACUGGGAUUAAUGUGAUUAUGUUUUAUGCCCCUGUGUUGUUUCAAACGAUUGGUUUCGGGAGUGAUGCUUCGCUUCUGUCUGCGGUGGUCACCGGCGGAGUGAAUGUGUUGGCAACUUUUGUUGCAAAUCUUAUAGUUGAUAAGGCCGGAAGAAAAAGUCUUCUGAUUGAGGCAGCUGUUCAGAUGUUUAUUGCUCAGUCUGUAAUGGGAGGCAUACUCACAACCCACCUAAAAGCAACAAACUCUAUGUCUAACAAGUAUGCCAUGAUAGUGUUGUUAUUAAUAUGUGUUUUUGUAUCUGGAUUCGCAUGGUCAUGGGGUCCGCUAGGGUGGUUGAUUCCUAGUGAAAUUUUUCCAUUGGAAGUUCGAAAUGCGGGAUUCUUCUUUGCCGUCGCUACCAAUAUGCUCUUUACCUUUCUUAUAGCUCAAGCCUUCUUGACUAUGCUUUGUCAUAUGCAAUCCGGUAUAUUCUUUUUCUUUGCAGCUUGGGUUUUGAUAAUGUUCCUCUUUGCUAUCUUUCUCCUUCCGGAAACUAAAGGAAUUCCCAUUGACGAGAUGACUGAGAGAGUAUGGAAGAAGCAUUGGUAUUGGAAGAAAUACUAUAAUAGCGAUGAUAUUAAGAAGGAAAGCACAUGA